GCUCAGCAAAAGUUCGCUGCCAGAAGACAGGCUGGCCCGGAAAAAUAUUUCCACCUGCGGGUUACCUGCUUUGCACCUGUAACUCACCUGGGAAGUUCUCCAGGGAGCUGUGGCCGCCAAGUGGCAGGCAGGCGGAUGUGCCGGAGUCAGCUGCGAGGGCAAAACCUGCAGUGGGAGAGAAAGAGAGAAAAAUCAGCACCCCUCCACCACAUUGGGGUCUUUUGGGGCUGGCUGCCCUUCCUGCGGAUCUGAAGCUUGCAGGUGUGAGUUGAAGGGGAAAGAUGAGCAUUUCGUCGGAAUCGAAUUCCCUUCGGAAACAAAUUGGGAGCAACCUGCAAACGGUGAGUGAAUCACGGGGCCCAGGACUUCCUGGAACAGCUAGCUGGGGAGGGGCAGUGCAGCUCCGAGCUUUGCAGAAGGUCAUGGGUUCAAUUCCCAGCAUCUCAAGGUAACAGAAAGGCCCAGGUAAGUUGGUGACUUCUUGCUUUCUGCCGGAGCCCCUGGAGAGCUCCUCUUAAUCAAAGUUAAUAAUACUGGUCUCAGGGACCAGUGCCAGAUUUACAUAUAAGCUAUAGCUUAGGGCCCCACUCUCUUGGGGGCCCCCCAAAAAAAAUUAAAGGGAAAAAAUGGAUGUACAUUUCCAAAAUAUAAGAUAAAAAACAAGUAAAAUAAAACCUACAUAGAGCAAGAGUGUUUUGUGUUGUGCAGGCUCCUAUGAUGUAAGUCAGGCAUGUCCAACAGGUAGAUCGCAAUCUACUGGUAGAUCACGGGGUGUUCCUGGUAGAUCCUGGUUGAUCUCUGGCCCCUGAGCGAUCUCCUCACAAAAAAACCCAACUCUGUCUUCCUAAAAAAAAAAGCUCAAGCUCCACAACUUUGGCUAGAUCACUGCCAGUCUUUUUACGGCAGUGGGUAGAUCACUGCCAGUUUUUCUAUACUGUGAGUAGAUCACAGACUAUUGGGAGUUGGACAUCCCUGAUGUAAGUCAUGGGCCCCGCCUGCUAGCCUGCUCCCUAAAAUAUCACUGUUUCGCUCCUUUCUAUAUAUAGGGUGCCUCCAUUCUGCAUGGACUGAUUGCAUGGCAACAUGUGCAAAUGGCUUGAGAUACCUAUUAGGUCCAUAAAUUACCAUAUAGCAUAUAUUCAACACACAAAAAAGCAGCAGAAAUUUGUUGCUGACAAAGGACAGCUGGACGUAUAAAGGGCCCCAUUACCUUCAGUAGCUUAGGGCCUCAUCAAACCUAAAUCCGGCCCUGUCAGAGACCAUCAUCCACACCAACCUUUCCUCCACAGGCAUGGGCUUUCCAGGGCUUUCUCAGAGUGUUUCCUCCCCAUUUGUUCUGGUGCUUUCCCUGGGGUAACCCGCAGUUUCCCACUGAAUCUGAGCAAAAAACAAUCUGCUGUUCAGCGAUAAAAAGUGGGUUUUCCUGCAUCUAGAAACGCAGAGCAGGGGUAAAUGGGUGAGCCCUCAAUGCGACAGUGAUGUGUCUCAGGGCUCAUCUGGUUCUGUUUUAUUCAUUUAUUUCAUUUAUAAACAGAUUUCUGUUUAUGCCAUGAUUUCCAGGCUCAGGUACGAGAGGGUGGGGUUUUUUUUUGUCCUGCCGCUUUUCCUGGGAAAACCCUCUGUUUACCACUGAAUCGGAACAAAUAUCAAUGGGUGUUUCCACGGAUUUACGUUUGUUCCCAUUCAGCAGAGGAUUUUCUCAGGGAAAGCGGCGGGACAAAAAAUUGUGGCACAAAUGGAAGUCUGCAUGAGUCCUUGUUCUGCCAUUAUUAUAAUUAUUAUUAUAUUGUAUUUAUUCAUUGCUUUUCACAUGAAAGUGUCUCAAAACGAGUAGCAAUGUAAGAACAGAAAUAGCAAAAAACAAACAAACCAUAAAAAGCAAGUAUAAGAACAUGAAUAAAGCAAGAACCUUGGCUUCAUAGUAACUAUGAUUAAGCUAACCUUAUUACAAAAAUAUACCUAUUAACCAGCCUAACAGGUUUAUGGGGAAAUGAGUACAGUAUUUCUUUAAAAUGCUUUCGAACGUUUCAACGUUAAUGCUUUCAACCUGCGGUAACAGUAUUACAUCAUGCUCUUCAUCCUUGAUUUAUUUUGUUUAUUAAUAAGAUAUUUUUAAAAAACAACAACCCAAGAACGCAAAAUGCUCAUCCAUAAAUAUUUAGAAAAAGACAGGUCCACCCCACCAAAAGCAGACCCUCCAACUGUCCCUGUUUUCCAGGGACAGUCCUGGAUUUACAGAAGCUGUCCUGGUUUCUGAAUUGAUCCCAGAAUGUCCCGCAUUUCCUUAGGACGUCCCUAUUUUCAUCGGAGAAACGUUGGAGGCUAUAGAGUCAUGCGACCCCCGAGCCAAGGAGAUAAGUAAUUAUACAACCUUUAGAAGGCAUCUGAAGGCAGUUUUUUAAAUGUUUAAUGUUUUAUUAUGUUUUUAUAUAUGUUGGAAGCCGCCCAGAGUAGCUGGGGCAAUGCCAGUGGAGUAUAAAUUUGUAAAACCUUUUAUUGGCAUCACAUACAACAUCCAAAGCAAAACCAAUCAAUACAGAAUUACCACUUCCCCAGUGGCACAAAACAUUUGCUAAAAGAAAGGAGGCAGAGAAGUCUGUUGUCACAUCUCUAGGUCUCCAGGGAGAUCAGACGUCUGCAGUGUAUUUCGGCGACAAAAAACCACAUAGAGAUAUUUAGCCACUAACUUGGUGAGCUCCUGAUCAUUCCCCAGGAAUAGAAAUUGUAUGACCUCCGACUCUGGUUUCCAUUUGGGGAUACAGAGUUGAUCUAGAAAUCGCUGGCGGAGAUCAGCAUAUAGUUUACAACUGAGAACCAUAUGUGUAAGGUUUUCCACCAGGUGGUCUUCGCAUGGGCAAGUUCUUUCUCUUUCCACCCUGCCUGAGAACCUUCCCCAAAGGAGAUUGGAUGGAUUUGAAUUAAAUCUGGCCAGUGAAAAUGCCCUCCUUUCUUGAGGGUUAAGCAGAAAUUCAAGGUAAUUAUGGUUAGUUUCAUGGGCCCAAGAAAGUUGAAAAUAAAGAGGGGAACAUGUUUUCUCUGCUGCUACUGUUAGUUCUUAGUGUUCAGUAUCCCACAACUUAGUUUUUAUUAUAGCCUUUGCAGAUGGUAGGGACAUCGAUCGCAAAAUUUCCACUGACAGCCCGAGUUGCUGUACCUUCUUGUUAAACUGUUGUAGCCCUGGGGAAAGAAAGGGAAAUAAUAAAAUUAUUAUUAUUAUGGAAUAGGACAUCCCUAUUUUCAUCAGAGAAAUGUUGGAGGGUUUGCAAAAGCAGGUGUGCAAGAGACCCCAGGCAUACUUGGUUACCCUCCAAAAUAAGGGCCAAAAGCCUGUGUUAAUGAACUUAAAGAUUGGAAAAAUGAUAAACAGUGAGAAAUCAGAGUGGACAGAUCCAUCCUUCCUUCCCUGGAUAUCACCUUGCUUUCCUUUUCUUUGUUUCCAGCAGUCUCAAAUCAUAGAGCUCAAUGUUGGCGGGGAGAUAUUCACCACCACCCUAAGCACCUUGAAGAAGCACCCUGGUUCCAAGCUGGCUGAGAUGUUUGCCAGUGGACAGACCAAGCCCCGCACGGACCCCGAGGGAAGAUAUUUCAUAGACCGGCCCGGGACUUACUUCAAGUACAUCUUGGAAUACCUGCGCAGCAACCAGGUGCCCACGAACUGCGUCCAGGAGGUGUACAAGGAAGCCCUCUUUUACGACAUCGAGCCUUUGGUCAAGCAGCUGGAGGACUCUCCUCAGAUCUUUGGGGAGCUGGUGGCCAGGAAACAGUUCCUUGCCCGCGUGCCCAGCUACAACGAGAACAUCGAGCUGAUGAUCCGCAUCGCGAGGGCAGAGGCGGUGGCGGCCCGGCAAUCUAGCGUCAUGGUGUGCGUGAUGAAGACCGAUGAGGAUGUCGUCAAGUGCCACGACACCCUCAACGGCUUGGACUCCUACAAGAAAUCGGUGGUCAAAUUUGGACCCUGGAAAGCCUCUCCCGGCAUUUCUGACCUACUCGACUGCAUCAAGAUUGACGUGGAGGCCAAAGGGUACAAGAUCUCUCUCCAGGGCUAUGUUCCGGAAAAGGGCUUCCGCUUCAAAUCCAAUGACUACUUCUACAAAUUUCUCUUCACUUGGUGGUAGCGGAAAGCCAGUGGGAAGGGCCUCGGCCCAGUAUACCUGAUGGAGCGUCUCCACCCCCAUCAUUCAGCCCAGACACUGAGGUCCAGCUCCGAGGGCCUUCUGGCGGUUCCCUCACUGUGAGAAGUGAGAUUACAGGGAACCAGGAAGAGGGCCUUCUCGGUGGUGGCGCUCACACUGUGGAAUGCCCUCCCAUCAGAUGUCAAGGAAAUAAACAACUACCUGACUUUUAGAAGACAUCUGAAGGCAGCUCUGUUUAGGGAAGUUUUUAAUGUUUGAUCUUUCAUCAUGUUUUUAAUACAGUGGUACCUCAGGUUACAUACACUUCAGGUUGCAGACUCCACUAACCCAGAAAUAGUACCUCGGGUUAAGAACUUUGCUUCAGGAUGAGAACAGAAAUCGUGUUCCGGCGGCGCGGCGGCAGCAGGAGGCCCCAUUAGCUAAAGUGGUGCCUCAGGUUAAGAACAGUUUCAGGUUAAGAACGGACCUCCGGAACGAAUUACAUACUUAACCCCCGAGGUACCACUGUAUUCUGUUAGGAGCCGCCCCAGGGUGGCUGGGGAAACCCAGCCAGAUGGGUGCGGUAUAAAUAAUAAUUUUAUUAUUAUUAUAAUUGUUAUUAUUAUAGCUCAGUGGUAGAUCCCACGCCUCACCUGCAAAAUCCAGUCCUCGGUGGCAUCUCUGAGCAAGACUGGGAAUUUCCCCUGCCUGAAACUCCACAAAGCUGCUGCAGGUCAGUUUAGACAAAUAUUGAGCUAGAGGGGCUAAUGGUCUGAUUUGGCAUAAGGCAGGUUCCUAUGUUCUUAUAUCCAAUGGGUUGGUGCUUCAAAGUAAGUGGACCUCAGCUGCUGAUAAUAUUGCCUGCUGGAAUGACCUGAGAGCUUUGCUCCUGUUGGCAGCCCGACAGAUGGAAUCAUAGAAUCAUAGAGUUGGAAGAGACCACAAGGGCCAUCGAGUCCAACCCCCUGCCAAGCAGGAAACACCAUCAGAGCACUCCUGACAUAUGGUUGUCAAGCCUCUGCUUAAAGACCUCCAAAGAAGGAGACUCCACCACACUCCUUGGCAGCAAAUUCCACUGUCGAACAGCUCUUCCUGUCAGGAAGUUCUUCCUAAUGUUUAGGUGGAAUCUUCUUUCUUGUAGUUUGGAUCCAUUGCUCCAUGUCCGCUUCUCUGGAGCAGCAGAAAACAACCUUUCUCCCUCCUCUAUGUGACAUCCUUUUAUAUAUUUGAACAUGGCUAUCAUAUCACCCCUUAACCUCCUCUUCUCCAGGCUAAACAUGCCCAGCUCCCUUAGCCGUUCCUCAUAAGGCAUUGUUUCCAGGCCUUUGACCAUUUUUGUUGCCCUCCUCUGGACACGUUCCAGUUUGUCAGUGUCCUUCUUGAACUGUGGUGCCCAGAACUGGACACAGUACUCCAGGUGAGGUCUGAGCAGAGCAGAAUAUCCCCAACACAUUUGGGGCAAGGGUGGAUUUCCUCGUUCCCAAGUCCGACUGGAGUUAAUUUGCCUUGAUUCAGAGUCAUGCAUCUUGGCUAAAUCUAUCUCACCUGCUUCUCCUGCAAUUUCCACCUGGAUUCGUACUGUUGCAAGGAAAAUACAGGCAGCUCCCAGUUUACAGGCACUGAAACAGCAUAUACAGUGGUUCUUGAACUUAAUCCGUUCCAGGAGGCCAUUCGACUCCCAAAACGGUUCAAAAACCAAGGCGUGGCUUCCGAUUGGCUGCAGGAGCUUCCUGCACUCAAGCGGAAGCUGCGUCGGACGUUCGGCUUCUGAAAAACGUUCGCAAACCGGAACGCUUACUUCCGAGUUUGCAGUAUUCGGGAGCCGAUUUGUUCGGCAACUAAGCCGUUUGGGAACCAAGGUUUGACUGUAUUUGAAACACCGUUGAAAAAGCCUGCAAACACCCUGUUCUGCCACCACCCUGCCCCCUUUUUGGUGCAAUGCAUAUUUGUGUGGUCACACACAUAUUGAACAUGUGUAUAUGGGGAGUUGCCUGUACUACAGUUUGAUAUGAUAUGAUACAAUAAUCUUUAUUGUCAUUGUUCCAUACAGAACAACGAAAUUGGGGAAAAAAAUCUACAUCAGACAUUCAAAACCAACAAGCCUGCUAUCCCAGCUAUCCCAACCUAGUUAGCCCCCUAAAAGCUCUGAUACCCCAUUUUUAAAAUACAGUACACUCCCAUAGAGACUUCUUACACUGCAUUUAAAACCAAAAUCGCAUUUGGAUAGAAACUGUUUCUCAGGCAGUUAGUCCUAGUCCUUAUAACCCUGUACCUUCUUCCAGAAGGCAGAAGCUGAAAGAGAUAAUUUCCGGGGUGCACACUAUCCUGCGCUAUCUCUGCAGCUUUCUUAUGGCACUCGGAAGCACAGAUUUGAUCCAAGGUGGGAAGAGUGCACCCAGUUAUUCUCUCCGCAGUCUUUACAACCCUGGACAGCACUGUUUUUUCCCUGACUGUGCAGCUCCCAAACCACACACACAGACCAUAAGUUAAUACACUCUCCACAGUACAAUGGUAAAAUGCCAUCAACAGGUCCUUUGAGAGAUUGUUUUUCCAGUGGAUUCUCAGUUCACAGGGGACAGAUUGCCUGUGGUCUGGAUUUAUGGUGUGCCGUGGCCCGAAGGUUAUUUUUUUGUGGGGCUCAGAGCUGAUAGACUCCCAGCUCUUUGACUGUAUUGUACCAGGGAGAGGACAAGAGCGCAUGGUGCACAAAUAGACUUUGUGGCUGUGUGCAUCAGCAUAUAGCACCUGACACAGGGGAACAGCUUUCUGGUUGUUUGAGGAAUGUAUUCUUUAGGGGCAGUCUGAACAUUUAUUUCAAGACUGGAGAGCUCUACAGAGCCCUCAUAUUGGCUGCAUUUGCACCUCUGGAUUAAAUAAGGUAAUAAAGCUGUAAUCAUAUGCAAACUCGGUAGGUAAGAAGCACAUCCCUCUUCGUAAACAUGCCUAGGAGCAGCUUUUGAAGAAUGUCAAAUAGGAACUGGGAACGUAUUUCCAUUGUUAAUGGAGAAAUCUGAGGGCUCCCUUGGACAAAAAACAAGGACACCAGCCAGGAAGACCAGAGCAAAACAGCAGCCAGUAGGCUUGGUCUUUAUUGAAGACUGUCAGGACAGGACUCCCACCUGCCACAAGGUGGAACAAGAUGGAAGCCCUGAACAAAAGAGCCCCCAAACUUUUAUUAGCUGCUAAUCCCCAUGUUACACCCCCCCCAAACUACAUCAUGGUUACAUCAUGAAAGGGGAGGUCUGGUGGCAGUAAUCUGAGCAUCCUGGACCCUGCCCCAUGGUUCCCCUUGCCCUCCACCAAACACCCAUCAAGUGUAACAAAAGAGAUAUUUACAUUUCCCUGUUUCCCAGCCAAGUUAAUCACACCCUUUUGUCUUCAUCUGGGUUUGUUAUUUCUGGAAUGGCUACCUGUCUGGCACUCAGGUAUCAGGAUGCCAGGAAUUAUCACUCAGGCAGAGGGGCUGCUGAGUAGCUGAGCUCACAUGUCUAUAUGAAUUUCUGAAGUUUUCCAGUGAGCCAGUACAGAGAUACAUUUAUCAGUGAAGCCUUAGAUUUGGUAUCGUGCAGCAAAGGCCCUUUGAAUAGAUAGGAAGAAACUGUGACCAAGUGUUUUGUGGGGACAAGUCACAAAAGUGAUUGUGCUGAUUUUGGUAGUGGGCUGCAUGUGCAUGAUAUCUGCUGGAGGGGCAACCCCCCUCCAACCUAGACAUAAAUUCCUGCAACACCAUCUUCUGGUUUUUCCCAGCUAGUGGAUGACUCUUGUGGCAAUGAGUUCUGAAGAGUGGGUGAUUGUGUGAAUAGCACUUCUUUCUGGUUGCCUGAACCAGCCAUCACUUUCACUAGUGUCCCCACUAGUGAAACCCAGAACCAAUGACAUAAAAUUGUUGGUGGGGCAGGGGGAAGGAAAACAAACAUUAGUCAGUUAGUUCAGUAUUCCUAUUGUUUUACUUGAUGGGGGGGGGCAGCUGCCAGUAUGUGAUUGAACCCUACCCAAAAAUAGUAAUAGUUUGGAAAUUCUCUUUGUGGUCUAUUGCCCCCCCCCCCCGAUCUGCCACCAGCACUUCUGCUAUAUUAGCCCUCAUAAACACCCUUUGCAUUUAUUUUUGAGAUUCAAGGCAGCUUCUCGAUUUAGUAUCCUUGUUCUUUAGGGAUAUUUGAACAAAUCACAUGCCUUGGAUUACUUCAUGUUUACUUUUAAACUCGAGUGCUGUCUUCCGUCAUAGCACUGCAUAUCUGUAUCGCUUAAUUGGCAUUUAUUUGUUCUGCAAAAGGCUGCGUAUACACAGUACAUUUAGAGUGCAUUUAAAGAGUGUUUUGUCCUCCCAAAGAUGCCUUUGUUCUGCAAAAGGCUGCGUAUACACAGUACAUUUAGAGUGCAUUUAAAGAGUGUUUUGUCCUCCCAAAGAUGCCUGUGUUUACCCUCACAAAGCUAUGAUUCCCAGCACCCUUUAGUUAAAGUUCCCAGAAUUCCUGGGUGGGCAGGGGGAGUGCUUUACAUAAAUGUGUAUGCAAAGACGUUGCAGGUUUCUGCAGCUAUAAGAGCAAAAAUACUGCAGAACAGAACACACAAGGGCAACAAUAUAUCUAGCAGGUGAGGGUGUGGAUUCAGGUGUUUAGGAACUUUUGAAACUUGAAUAUGGGUUAGGAUGCAAUAUUAUCUGUGUGAAGACACUAAUGUUAUCUGUGAAGACACUAAUAUUGAAAAAGCAGUGCGGGAAGCAUUUUUUAUGACUUCCCAGGAAACUUCGUAACUGUCCUGAAGGUGGCUCUUCGUGCAUGAAGGAACUUGCAACGGAGAUUGCAACGUGAACUUUACAACACACCAAGAGGUUCCACGCUAUCGCUUGUGGAUUGAAUUCACUGGUGCUAGGAUGUCGUAUGUUACAGUCGCAACUGAGAUUUUUGGAAUAUUAAGUGGUAUAUAAGUGCAAAUAAAUAAAUAAAUAAGCUGGCAUU